AUGACUGGACCUAAGGUGUACCUGAUUUACUCCAGCAGUGUAGCAGCCGGGGCUCAGAGCGGCAUCGAGGAGUGUAAGUAUCAGUUUGCCUGGGACCGAUGGAACUGCCCUGAGAGAGCCCUGCAGCUGUCCACACACAGAAGCCUCCGCAGCGCGAACAGGGAGACAGCGUUUGUCCAUGCCAUCAGUUCAGCAGGGGUCAUGUACACUCUGAUGAGGAACUGCAGUCUGGGGGACUUUGACAACUGUGGCUGUGAUGACACCAGGAACGGACAGGGGGGGGGUACAGGCUGGCAGUGGGGCGGCUGCAGUGACAACGUGGGGUUCGGUGAGGCCAUCUCCAAGCAGUUUGUUGACACGCUGGAGACAGGCCAGGACGCACGGGCCGCCAUGAACCUCCACAACAACGAGGCUGGACGCAAGGCAGUGAAAGGGACUAUGCAGAAGACGUGUAAGUGCCAUGGCGUCUCUGGGUCCUGCACCACACAGACCUGCUGGUUACAGCUCCCAGAUUUCAGGGAGGUGGGAAACUAUCUGAAGGAGAAGUACCACCAAGCACUGAAGGUGGACCUGCUCCGGGGGGCCGGGAACAGUGCAGCCAGUCGAGGGGCCAUUUCCGAGACCUUCAGCUCCAUCUCUCGUAAAGAACUGGUCCACUUAGAGGACUCCCCAGACUACUGCCUGGAGAACCGUACCCUGGAACUGCCCGGCACAGAGGGCAGAGAGUGCCUGAAGAAGGACAAGAGCCUAAAUAAGUGGGAGAAGCGUAGCUGCAAGAGGCUGUGCGGGGAGUGUGGUUUAGCCGUGGAGGAGAGGAAGGCGGAGUUGGUGUCGAGUUGCAAUUGCAAGUUCCACUGGUGCUGCGCGGUAAAGUGCGAGCAGUGCCGCAAGACAGUGACCAAGUACUUCUGCGUGAAGAAUGGGGGGCAGAGGGGGAAGAACGAGAGCGCCGGCAGCCGUAGGAAGAACCUGAGGCUGAGGAAGAAGCACUGAGCGGCAUCCAUCUUCCUCACCAUCAUCAUCAUCACUGCCACACUCCAUGUCUUCUCACAAGCUGAUUUUCACAGACCUCUGUGCACCAAAGCUGUGCCCCUCUCAAACAUUUCUACAACACACUUUCUGCUUUUGUUCUAAAGACAUAAUUGAAAAUGUAUUUAUUGAAUAAGACUAGUAUUGUUAUUAUCCUAAUCAAACGUUUAAUAGUGGGGGAGAAAAUGUGUAAAAAAAACAUGUUGAUGAAACUACAUGAUAGAGAAAGGAGGGUAACUAUUACUUGUCUAGAACUGAUGGUAUACAUAUAUUUAACAGUAUAUAUUUUUUAAACUUUUUUCCCCAAUUAUAUAUAAGUCAUUGGGCAUUUAAAGCAUGUUACAUACGGCCGCUCUGAAUAAUCUCCUUCAUAUUUGAUAGCUUGAACAACUCUUCCUAAAUGGUCAGUCCAUGGCAUACCUCAACAACAUCUUAUUUAUUGUCAUAUGUACCACCAAUGAGCUAUGCCAUUUCUGAUUGGUCAGACAUUCCUUCCUGUCAUGAUGACAACUCCAGCCCAAGCUCUCGCUACGCGUGGCAAUCCCCAGCCCUGACCAGCCCUCUCCAGCCCUGACCAGCCCUCUCCAACCCUGACCAGCCCUCUCCAACCCUGACCAGCCCUCUCCAACCCUGACCAGCCCUCCCCUCCCCAGCCCAGCCCUCUCCUGCCAACCCAG